AUGCGCGAGGUCGCGGCUCAGUUUGAGCGUCCCGCGCUGAUGUUCUCAGGGGGCAAAGACUCCAUCGUCAUGGUCCACCUCGCGAUGAAGGCGUUCCGUCCCGCGAAGUUCCCGUUCCCGCUGCUGCACAUCGACACGGGACACAACUUCCCUGAAGCACUCGACUUCCGCGACCAGCUCGUCGAGAAGCUCGGAGAGCGCCUGAUUGUGCACAAGGUGCAGGACCUGAUUGAUAAGGGGAUCGCGAGCGAGGACCCUGGGCCGUAUCCAUCGCGAAAUCGGGCGCAGAUCCCGACGUUGCUUGAUGCGAUCGAGACGUACCGAUUCGAUGCGCUGUUCGGCGGCGCUCGGCGCGACGAAGAGAAGGCACGCGCGAAAGAACGCAUCUUCUCGUUCCGCGACGACUUCGGACAGUGGGAUCCCAAGAACCAGCGCCCUGAGCUCUGGAACCUGUACAACGGCAGACACCAGAUGGGCGAGAACAUCCGCGUGUUCCCGAUCUCCAACUGGACAGAGAUGGACGUCUGGCAGUACAUCAUGCUCGAGAACAUCGAGAUACCGGCGUUGUACUUCUCGCACGAGCGCGAUGUCGUGACACGGAUGGGGCAGCUCGUCCCUGUCGGUGACGCACCGUUCGGCGCUCGCGAGGGGGAAGAACCGGUCCGGCGCACGGUCCGCUUCCGCACAGUGGGGGACAUGAGCUGCACGGGCAUGGAGUUCUCGACCGAUGCGUACCUCGAUAUGGACCUGCUGCGGUUCUUGACCUGCGGCAGUGUGGAUGACGGUAAAUCAACGCUGAUCGGUCGAUUGCUGUAUGACUCCAAGUCGAUCUUUGAGGAUCAGCUCGAAGCCGCGGAGAGUGCGUCGCUCUCGCGUGGUGAUCAGCGGAUGGAUCUGGCGCUGCUGACCGACGGCCUUCGCGCCGAGCGUGAACAGGGGAUCACGAUCGACGUCGCGUACCGCUACUUCGCGACCCCCAAACGCAAGUUCAUCAUCGCGGACUGUCCCGGACACGUGCAGUACACACGCAACAUGGUCACGGGCGCAUCGACGGCGAACCUUGCUCUUAUUCUGAUCGACGCGCGCCACGGCGUGAUCGAACAAUCGCGUCGCCACUCGUUUAUCACCAGCUUGCUGCGCAUCCCGCACCUUGUGGUGUGUGUCAACAAGAUGGACCUCGUGGACUGGUCGCAGGAAACCUACGAGAAGAUCCGCACGGACUUCGAAGAGUUCGCGGCUCGCUUUGAGAUCAACGACAUCACCUUCAUCCCGAUGAGCGCGCUGACAGGUGACAACGUCGUCAAUCGCUCAGAGAAGAUGGACUGGUAUCAGGGACCAUCGCUGCUGCACCAUCUUGAGAACGUGCACAUCGCGGGUGAUCGCGACAUGAUCGAUCCGCGCUUCCCUGUGCAGUGGGUGAUCCGUCCACAGGGCGACGAGCACCACGACUAUCGCGGCUACGGCGGACAGGUCGCAUCCGGCGUGUUCCAGGUCGGCGACGAGGUCGUCGCGCUCCCAUCGGGGAUGGAGAGCAAGAUCAAGUCGAUCGAUAUCGGAGGCGUCGAGCAGCAGUUCGCGAGUCCGCCCCAGAGUGUUUCGAUCCAGCUUGAGACGGAUAUCGAUGUCUCGCGUGGCGACAUGAUCUGUCGUCCCAACAACCAACCGAUCAGUGGUCAGAACAUCGAUGCGAUGGUCGUGUGGAUGGCGGAUCAGCCGAUGGUUGUGGGGAAGAAAUACACGAUCCGUCAUACGAGCAACGAGGCACGCUGUGUUGUCAAGGAUCUGCGCUAUCGCAUGGAUAUCGAGACGCUCCAUCGCAUCGAGGACGCAACGGAUCUGAAGCUCAACGAGAUUGGACGCGUGUCGUUUCGGAUGACGAAGCCAUUAUUCUUUGAUCCAUAUCGUCAGUGCCGAGCGACGGGGAGCUUCAUUAUCGUGGACGAGCAGACCAACAACACGGUCGGUGCCGCGAUGAUCAUCGGCGAGACCAACUGA